AUGGGCCGCCUCCCGCGGGCCGCGCUGCCGUGGCUGCCGCUCGCCCUGCUGGCGGCCGCGGGGGCCCCCGAGGCGCCGGUGAGCGCGCCGCGCAGCCUGGCGUGGGGCCCCGGGCUGCAGGCGGGCGUCGUGCUGCCCGUCCGCUAUUUCUACCUGCAGGCCGUCAGCUCCGAGGGCCGCAACCUCACCCGCCCGCCCCCAGGUCCAGCACAAUUUAAAGUAGUAGUCAAAUCUCUUUCACCUAAAGAGUUGGUCCGGAUUCAUGUCCCCAAACCUUUGGACAGGAAUGAUGGGACAUUUUUGAUCAGGUAUAGGAUGUAUGAAUCUGUCAAUGAAGGGCUGAAGAUAGAGGUCCUUUAUGGUGAUGAACAUGUGGCCCAGUCUCCCUAUAUUUUGAAAGGACCCAUAUACCACGAGUACUGUGCGUGUCCACAAGAGGAUCCCCAGGCUUGGCUGCAAACUCUUUCUUGUCCGACCGAAGAACCACAGAUUGCAAAAGAUUUUGCUUCCUUUCCCAGCAUCAAUCUCCAGCAGAUGCUACGCGAAGUUCCAAAACGGUUUGGGGAAGAGAGGGGUGCCAUUGUCCACUACACGAUUCUCAAUAACCACAUCUACCGGAGACCGUUAGGGAAAUACACGGACUUCAAAAUGUUCUCAGAUGAGAUCCUGCUAUCACUGGCAAGAAAGGUCCUUCUCCCAGAUUUAGAAUUUUAUAUUAAUCUUGGAGAUUGGCCUUUGGAACACCGAAAAGUCAAUGAAACGCCUGGCCCUUUACCUAUCAUUUCAUGGUGUGGCUCUCUGGAUUCCCGAGAUAUUAUCCUUCCGACAUAUGACACCACUCACUCCACACUCGAAGCAAUGAGAGGUGUUUCAAAUGACCUCCUCUCUAUUCAGGGAAAUACAGGGCCUUCCUGGGCCAAUAAGACAGAGAAGGCGUUCUUCAGAGGGCGGGACAGCCGGGAGGAGCGGCUCCAGCUGGUGCAGCUGGCCAAGGAAAACCCAGAGCUGCUGGAUGCGGGGAUCACGGGGUACUUCUUCUUCCAAGAGAAAGAAAAAGAGCUCGGAAAGGCCAAAUUGAUCGGUUUCUUCGAUUUCUUUAAGUACAAGUAUCAAGUGAACGUGGAUGGGACCGUUGCUGCUUACAGAUAUCCGUAUCUCAUGCUGGGCGACAGUCUGGUUCUGAAGCAGGACUCCCCGUAUUAUGAACAUUUUUAUGUGGCACUCCAGCCUUGGAAACAUUAUGUACCGAUUAAAAGAAAUCUUGCUGAUUUACUGGAGAAAGUUAAAUGGGCCAAGGAAAAUGAUGAAGAAGCCAAGAGGAUUGCAAAAGAAGGGCAGUUGACUGCCAGGGACUUGCUACAGCCACACAGGCUUUACUGCUACUAUUACAGGGUACUGCAGAAUUACGCUGAGCGCCAGUCCAGCAAACCCGAAAUACGUGAUGGGAUGGAACUUGUUCCUCAGCCGCAUGAUGACACGUCCGUCUGCCAGUGCCAGGGGAAGAGCCCUUCGAGAGAAGAACUCUAA